GCAAGGUGCAAGUGGUUGGUAGUGACAAAAUACCCAAAAAUUUGGAACAAAAUAUAGACAAAAUAAGGGCAUUGGAUGUUUGGUUGGAACACCUGUUCACCCUUAGCAAUGCCGAUUGAAUUUGAAAAGAAAGUUGUGCCUCAAUAUCUAUGAUUUUGUGGAAUCCGUACUAGACGCUUCACAGACGCCAGAAAGUCUGUACCAAAUAUUACGCUGUGCUCGAAAGUUGGAAAAUAUAGAUAUUCGUGAUCAAAAAUGAAACUGCUAGAUCGUCAGCUUGUGCUCACUUUUGCAAUCGGAUUGUCACUCACUGGUGCCAGCGCAGCUUUGCUGUACAUGUAUUACAAGAAGGAUGAUGAUCCGAACGACAUUCGAACUACACGUUUGACAACGUCGAGGCAAAAUGAGGUGGAGAUAAAGGUGCCGCGACAACACGUGCCAAUUAUAAUUGGUCGUGCUGGAGCAAUGAUUAAAGACAUUCAAGACAAGACUGAAACUAGAAUAAACUUCUCCAAUGACGAUAAGGAGCUGCCGGACAGAAUUUGCAAGAUUCGCGGUAAACCGGAAAGCGUUCACUUGGCCCAGAUCAUGAUAGAAAAUAUCAUUGCCAAUCAACCUGUCAUUGAAGUUUAUGAAACAUACAUACCUCAGCGAGCAUGUGGACGAAUCAUUGGACGAGGCGGAGAUACGAUUAAUCAUAUACAAGCAGUAACCGGGGCAAAAAUUAUGGUUGAGAGUUCCAGUUAUAAGAAUCCAGAUUCCAAUCAGAGAAUUAUAAUAAAGGGAACUGCCGAACACAUCGCUGCAGCUUUGGCAUUGGUUGAGGAAAAAGUUCGCGAGGAGAAUGAAAUUCGAGAAAAGUUAGACGUUAGUUCGUCUUUAAGGGCACCACGUGGAAAAAUCUCAACACGGAAGACUGCCGUUCAAGUAUCCGACAAUCAUGUAUAUUCUACAGACUCCAACCAGAUACCAAAAACACAAGACCCAGAAGUCUUGAUGGAGGUGUACGUCAGCGCUGUAGAGAACCCAAGCCAAUUCUGGGUUCAAGUUGUAGGUCCUGGUGCAGUAGCAUUGGAUGAGUUAGUAGCAGAAAUGACAGAGUAUUACCGCGACGAAGAAAACUUGGAGUUACACAUGCUCAAGGAUGUAAGCGUCGGACAAAUGGUGGCUGCGAAGUUUCCUUUUGAUGAGCGGUGGUAUCGUGCUGAAGUUGUCACCAAACUCGAAAACGAUCGUUACGAAGUGUAUUUCGUGGAUUAUGGCGACCAUGAAGCAUUAACUAUUAAAGAGAUGAUGGAACUUCGGACAGACUUUUUAAGUUUACGUCUACAGGCAAUUGAAUGCUCUCUGGCAAAUGUAAAGCCUCGUGAUAAUGAAUGGAGUUCGGAAGCUUGUGACAGAUUUGCAGAGCUCAGUUGGGUGGCCCAGUGGAAAGCACUGACGGCGAAAGUUCGAGGAUAUAAAGAACGUGUUCUAGCUGGUGGAAGCUCUCGCCGAGAAGGCUCACCCAUUCCUUGUGUUGAUCUUUACAAUAAAACUGAUAGCCGGGAUAUCAACAUAGGAAAAGAAUUGGUAAAUGAAGGUGUGGCUGAGGACGAAGGGCCUUGGUCGUCAGCGAGUUCUACUCUUUCCUUGAACCGCCGUGAUAUUCACGAAUCGACAACAAUGCCAAGAGUUAGUUCUUCCGAAACACCAUCACCUCCACCCCCAACAACGCGGCUUCCAGAAAAUGGUACUCACUCUCCACAGUCUUUACAUCUUCCUGGAAAUUCGAAUCAAACAAUUGUUGAGAUUGAUUUGACCACACCGAAGAAGCAGAACAGCUCUAUAGAAACAGUCGAUUUGGUGACUCCGUUGAAGACAACAGAUGAAACAAAUAGUUGGAAAAGUAAGAAAUGGUAGUGAUAUCCUCAAGAAAAUGACUGCGAGGCCCAUUCCCGUCUAGGCUGUGACUUCGCAAUCAAGCUGAUGGCAUUUGAGUGGAACCAACGAAUACACGACCUGCUGGCUACUGCAGCAAUCUCGAAGAUUCUGACGAUGUGGUGUUGGGUCGAUUUGACGUUGGUGUAGUUUCUUAAUUACCUAAAUAGUUUUCUUUUUAUAUAACCACCAACCCCCAAAAUCGUGAUCCACCCUGAAAUCAUUUGAAUGUUUCGAUGUUAAUCAGACUCUUCUGAUCGAUGAGUAUGAAACGAUUGAAAGUUGUCAUUAUCAUUUUAUUAUCAUUUGCUGAUUUACUAGUAAUCAAAACUGUACUUUUAUUUUAAUCAUUUAUUUCUGGUUAGAGUGUAUUUUCGUAGGCCAAGUCUUUAGUUGAUUGGGGUUGAGUACUUUAAUUAUUUUGUCUUUGAAGUCAAUCUAGCUGAUUUCGAAGUUAGCUUAAAUAGUAGUCAACGUAACAUGUAGCUGUGCUCUUGAGUAUAAGCUUUAUACUCUGAUUAAUCUGCCAGCUUCGAAAACAGUUUCUCAUUGAUUGGGCUAGCUAGUUUCUAUUGAUAUAACUUCUCACUCAUGUUGAGUCAAACUGUUGAAUUCAUUUUUUGUGUACAAUUACGUGUUGGUUAAUUGAUGCGAAAAUUUUCGCACUUCAUACUUGACCAUGUAGUGUGAAUAUGCCGUAAUGUGUCGAUUGAGUGUGGAUAUUUUAGCAUAGUUAAGAUAAAAAAUAUUUACUCUGGCAGUAAAUAGUUCUACGUUGAGAAUGAAUCGGCUGUACUGUCUGAAUGAAAACUAGAGACAAAAGAAAAAAAUCGUUUGAAAAUCUCCACCAGUGUGGAGUUGUCCAGUUGUGACAACGAUGACAAUGAUGACAAUGUGAAAAAAGUAAACACGAAUGAAACCACAUACCUGCAAUUUAAAUGAAACGCAUCUGAAUAAAUUCCAAUAACAUAAGCUAUUGUAUCAACAGUAUAAAAGAAUGCUGUAUAGUUGUAUCGUUUAAAAUGAUUAAACUCAUGUAUUUUUGAUCUGAUUCUGAUGUUUUUGGGUUAGUUUUGCUCGCUGAUCAGAUCUCCAAGGAUUGUCCAAAAAAUUCAAGGACUUAUUCUGUUUUAUUAGUGUUCACGGUCAUCGGCAAAUGUAACAUUAUUGGAAAUUUUGUGAACGGUUUUUCCCUUUUGCUAACCAUUGAUUAAGACAGUUUGGUUAAUUCACCCUUAAUAUUUUAGCAGAAUCUCAAGACAAUCUCAAACAUAAGUUUACUAAUUUUGUUUUCA